AUGGCGUCUAAGAAAAUAGCUCCCUACGGGGACUGGGAGUCGCCCAUCUCAGUGGAUUCUAUAGUAUCCAAGACAAGAUCACUCUCUGCACCACGAGUUAAUCUGGAAUCGGGAAGGGCCUUCUACACUGAAAGUCGCGAAGACGGGAGUACAACGGUUGUAGAGAUCCUCAAGGAUGGAAGAAGAGAUGUCCUUCCGGCAGAGUACAACGCCAAGAACUCCGUUUAUGAGUAUGGCGGUUCACCCUAUGCCAUUCUACCGGAUGAUCGCAUCAUCUUUUCCAACAAAGACAACACUGUUCACAUUGUCAACCCUGACAGCACGGAAGGGUUCAAGCUGACCGGAGGCCCAAAUCUGAGAUACUCCAACUUUGAGGCCAACCCGAAGUGUGACUGGGUAGUCGCCAACCAAGAAGACCAUGAGCACGAUACCCCAGAUGGCGUUCGCAAUUAUAUCGUGGCGAUCAACACUCGAACAACAGACAAGGUAAAGAGGAUACUCGACACUGCUGAUUUCUACUACGAACCUUCGUUCAGUCCCGAUGGAUCAAAACUUGCGUGGCUGGAGUGGAACCACCCUGAGCUGCCUUUUGACGCAGCAAGACUUUAUACUGCAACAUGGCAUGACCAAGGUUCUAUAUCUGACAUUCGUCUCAUCGCAGGCAAGGAUCGCGAAGGAGUCGCAGAGCCUAGAUGGGGUCCAGAUGGUUCCCUGUUCUUUGGUAAAGAAAUUGGUAACUACCGUCGCUUGUUCCGUAUCCUCCCAGGUAGCGAUGAACAACAUGAAGUGGAUGUGAAGGGCCUGGAUAAUGCUGAGUUUGGCGGACUACGGUGGUUCCAGGGAUGUCACACCUAUGCACCUUUGUCUGGACGAUACCUCGUUGCCGCUCCGGUCAUUCUUGGGCAAACCAGAAUGAUUCAUAUUGACCUGGAGUCCAAUUCUUGGAAGGACAUUGGUGACACUGGACGCUUGUCUGAAGUCAAUUUAGACGCAGUAGCUCGCCUGAGUGAUACUUCAGUUCUUGUCAUUGGAGCCGGCGAGACUACUGGCAAGGCAUUAUAUCGGAUUGACGUUGAAAGUACAAGUCAAAUCAAGGAACUACGAAGUUCUACAGACGACAGCUUCCCUGAGUCAUUCUGUUCUAAGCCCGUAUUGAAAUCUAUUCUAUCAAAGGGAGAGCCCGAACGGGAACUGCAUGGCUUUCUCUGGCUGCCUCACAACCUAGACUACCAGGCACCAGAAGGCCAUCUUCCUCCUCUCAUCAUGAUUAGUCACGGCGGCCCGACAUCAUACCUUGGCCCAGGCCUCAAACCACGAGUCCAAUACUUUACCUCGAGAGGUUAUGCCGUUCUGGCCUUCAACUAUAACGGCUCCUGCGCUCAUGGAAAGGCAUACCGCAACGCUCUCUGGGGAAACUGGGGGCUAGUGGAUUCAGACGAUGCUGCCGAGUUCGCAAAUCAUCUGACAGAAACUGGACAAGUAAAGGAAGGGGGAGUUGGGAUAACCGGUGUCAGUGCAGGAGGGUACAACACCCUACGAAGCCUAACUCGUCAUGCAAGGACAUUUGCUGGCGGGGUUUGUCUCUCGGGCGUAAGUGAUAUCAAGCGUCUGGAUGACUCGACGCACAAGUUGGAAUCCGACUAUACGGACCAUUUGGUCCUAGCAUCAGGUACUGAUAAGAGCGAAAAGGACAAGAUAUGCCAUGAGAGAAGUCCAUUGUUUGAAGCCCACAAGAUCACGGCUCCACUGCUGCUUCUGCAUGGUGGUGCGGACAAGAUCACGCCGCUGGACCAGGCACUGGAGAUGUCCAGUGCUAUCGAGAAGGCAGGCGGUGAGGUUGAACUUAUAGUUGUGGAUUCUGAAGGCCAUGGUUUUAGUCAGCCGAGGAAUGUGAGGCUUUGGCUGGAGGAGGAAGAGAAGUGGUGGAGAAAGACGUUGCUAUAA